AUGUUCCCGGCUUCCCAGAUCCAAGCCCUCGCCAUUGGCACUCUUGCCCUCGUUCCGCUAGGAUGGAUGCUCUACAUGAGCCCUGGGCGUGUGUCCAUGAACCUUACCAAUAGCCUGGCGCCGGCUGACGUUUUCUUCAUCGUCUGCGGCAUCACUCCCCUUGCCUUCAUCUGCGCAACCUCGGCGCUGUUGGACUCGUCCCUCGGCCAAGCUCUCUACAGACCUUCGUCGGAAAGCCCUCGCUCCGGCGUGUCCAAGUUGCUCGCACACCUCUGGCUCCCUUUGUGGCAAGUGCUCAAGACCGCAGCUCCACGCCCCUCGUACUUUGGAAACCCGUGGUCGGCCGGCGAAGUCGGCAUGACCGUCAUUCUGGCACUCUGCAACAUCGCAUGGGUCUUUGUCCCCAUCGUUGUCCGUCUCAAUAGCAAGAGCCACAGCCACGGGCCAGACCAAGGCCCGGCAUACAAGUGGGCCAGGAGCAUUUGCGGAUGGGCUGGUUGGGCCGGUCUGUGGGAUGCCGGUCUCUGCAUUCUCUUUGUCAUUCGUGAAAACAUGGCCACCAAGAAGCUGCUAGGCUCCGAGGCAGGACAGUACCACCGAGUGGUUCGCUUCCACAUCGGACUGGGCUACACCAGCUUCUUGAUGAUGACGUUGCACUCGCUGUUUUUCCUGAUCGACUUCAUCGUCAAGAACACCUUUGCGGAAGAAAUGUUCCCGUGGGUUUCAUCGAUGGGCUACUGGAACUUUGCUGGACUCGUGUCGUGGCUGGCCCUCGUUGGGAUGGUUGCCACUUCAGUGUACAAGGUCCGUCGCUCAAACUACCGAGUCUUCUACUGGACCCACCAACUCUACGUCCUCUUCUUCUUCUUUGCCUUUGUCCACAUGGGUAUCAUGGCCGCCUAUCCGGUCAUGUUCCCAUGUUUGUACUUUAUCUAUGACCGUCUGCGGCCUCGUCUCCUGUUCAAGCGCUCGACCGAGGCCUACAUUGAAAAGACCCCAUCCGACUCGAUCGUCAAGGUGCAGGUGCCCAUCCCCGAUGCCUGGAAGACUACCUCGGGCUACGCCCCAGGCGACUGUAUUGCUUCUUAUUACCCCGAGUCCCCCGACCGCCUGACGCUGCUUAUCAAGACCAAUGGGCAGUGGACGACCGAAGUCGCCAAGCUCUGCCCUGAUCAACAGGACAGAGUCAAAGUACCGGUCAAGAUCGACGGACCCUUUGGAUCCCGCAGCACCUCCUAUCUCGAAUACGAGAGCCUGGUUCUUGUUGCCGGCGGAAGCGGUGUGGCUGCUCUGCUGCCCUUUGUCCGCCAUUAUGCCGUUGCAGGCCCGACCUCGGGCAAGCUGCAUCUCGUGUGGACGGCCAAGAGCGAGUCCGAUGUCGUGACCUUUGCACAGUUUGUGCUCGACAUGGCCGACAAGAACUCCCUGCUCAGUUCCCGGGUUUCCCUUAGCCUCCAUAUCACUGGCAAGCCCGCGAAGACUGCUGACGAAGCCAAAUUGCUCGACUCCAACGGUGCUGACAACUCAAAAGAUUUUUCCAGUGUCGAAUCCAAGACUGCAGCCAACCUUGACUCCAAGGACUUGGCCACCACCGUGUCCGGCGCCGAACAACCUGUCGGGACCGGCAGGCCCUCGCUCCUACCCCAAGGCCGGCCCAAUGCCAAGGCCCGAGUUGCGGAUCUGACGCUGGUCUGUGUCGUCUUCCUGAUGGGUAUCUUGGGCUGGUAUCUCGGCGUGACCCUCAACCCAACAGGCGACAUGAUGGAGCUGUGCAUGUCCGACGACGCCUUCAAGUUGGUGGGACUCGAUCACUUUAUGUGUUGGUACGUCUCCCCCGCAGCCCCGGCCGUCCUGUCGGUCCUGUUGGCUUCGGUUUCGGGGUUGAUGUACACCUUUUUCUAUGCCUUCGUACGCACCCAUGUGGCUGAUUCGGCCCGUCAGGUCGGCACGCUCUCCGAGCCCGAGCAAAGUGGCGACCUGGCUCCAGUCUCAUGGAUCGACCACGAUCUGCUCGCUGCCCGUCUCGCCGAGCUGGAUGUCGUCCGCACACGCCCUGAUCUCGCCGCGAUCCUGAGCCGCUUUGACCAGGACGCUGGAGCAAGCGGCACCCGGUGCGCUGUCAUCGGAGCCGGUCCUGAGCGCCUCAUGCGAACGCUGCAGUACCUCGCUGUCGGCCACAAGAACCUCGACUGGCAGAGAGAGUCGUGGAAAGUCUAAACUUCGACUAUCGAGCCAAGCCCAUCUUUGAGGUGGAGACAUGUCCUUCAACAACCAAAAGAUCGUUGUCCCUCCAGACAAGCGAUCCUUGCCUCAUUCCUUCCACUCUAUGUUCAUGACCAGGUUCGAGACUAUCGACUGAAUGAAUCUCUGAUAACCAAUAUACUGGAAUAGGUGUAUUGUA